AUGCUUGAAUUCUAUUGGAAAGGUUUGAGUAGUUUUUCGCAGAGUGGGAUUGUGACUUCGCCAAUCAACACUUGCAAUUGUCGAGUCAUUCGCAUAUUUCACAGUCCCUUUGGGUUGAUGGUUUCUCCUCCUUCCCUUUUAUUUUCAUUGCAUUCCUCUGACACUGGAAAGAUGGUGAUUUAUGCCACUAUUGACCUGGGCACAAGUAGAGUCAUUCUCAUAACUGGAAAAAGAAAGUCGACCUUUGUAGGUUUUGAGUAUAAGGUGCAUGCAUCUUAUUUAGAAUGUGAAGUUCUUCUUCUGCAAAUAGUGGUUGCUUCUUUCAUCUGGAUGUUUGUGAUGCACCACACCUCUCCACUUAUUUUAGUGCACUUCAAAUAG